GACGUGGGUGUGGGAGGCGGAGGGCCGGGUUUGUCCACGGGGGACGGUGCCGGUGCCGGUGCCGGUACCGGUGGGUGACUGAGGCGGCGUCCCGCAGGGCGAGCGGCGAUGGCGUACGACGAGCGGCUGGCCCGCUUCCGCCAGGCCCACCUCAACCCCUUCAACAAGGCCCCCGAGCAGCAGCAGGAGCACCCCGACGGGGAGACCCCCCCCCCAGCCCGGCGGCCGGAUCCGUCCCCGGGAGACCCCGAGGGGACCCUGGACCUGGGCCUGGCUGAGGACCACUUCUCCCGCCCCGUGGGCCUGAUCCUGGCGUCGGACGUGCAGCAGCUGCGUCAGGCCAUCGAGGAGUGCAAGCGGGCGAUCCUGGCGCUGCCCGAGCACUCGGAGCGGCAGAAGGACGCGGUGGUGCGGCUCAUCCACCUCCGCCUCAAGCUGCAGGAGCUGAAGGACCCCGACGAGGAUGAGCCCAACAUCCGGGUGGUCCUGGAGCAUCGCUUCUACAAGGAGAAGAGCAAGAGCGUGAAGCAGAUGUGCGACAAGUGCAGCACCAUCAUCUGGGGCCUCAUCCAGACCUGGUACACCUGCACAGGCUGCUACUACCGGUGCCACAGCAAGUGCCUGCCGCUGGUGAGCAAGGCUUGCGUGCGGGCCAAGGUCAGCCACCAGGCUGAGUACCAGCUCAGCAUCUGCCCCGAGAGCGGGCUGGACAGCCAGGACUACCGCUGCGCCGAGUGCCGUGCCCCCGUCUCCCUCCGGGGGGUGCCCAGCGAGGCCCGGCAGUGCGACUACACCGGCCUCUACUACUGCAGCAGCUGCCACUGGAACGACCUGGCCGUCGUGCCUGCCCGCGCCAUCCACAACUGGGACUUCGAGCCCCGAAAGGUGUCACGCUGCAGCAUGCGGUACCUGGCGCUGAUGGUGUCGCGGCCCGUGCUGAAGCUGCGGGAGAUCAACCCGCUGCUCUUCAACUACGUGGAGGAGCUGGUGGAGAUCCGGAAGCUGCGCCAGGACAUCCUGCUGAUGAAGCCCUACUUCAUCACCUGCAAGGAGGCGAUGGAGGCACGGCUGCUGCUGCAGGACCGGCAGCACUUUGUGGAGAACGACGAGAUGUACUCGCUGCAGGACCUGAUCGAUAUCGAGGCCGGGCGCCUGAGCUGCUCCCUGACGGAGAUCCACACCCUUUUCGCCAAGCACAUCAAGCUGGACUGCGAGCGGUGCCAGGCGAAAGGCUUCGUCUGCGAGCUCUGCAAGGAGGGCGACGUGCUCUUCCCCUUCGACAGCCACACUUCCGUCUGCACCGACUGCUCCGCCGUCUUCCACAGGGACUGCUACUACGACAACUCCACCACCUGCCCCAAGUGCGCCCGGCUGAGCCUCCGUAAGCAGUCCCUCUUCCAGGACUCCGGCACCGAGGCAGAGCCCUAAGUGGGGGGGGCCCAGCCCCACAGCCACCCCCCCCCCCCAACCUGCCACGGGGCCCUGGGAUGGACACAGGCAGCCCCCAGCUCUGCGAGGCAGCUGGGACCCUCUGCCCAUGGGGACGGCUGGGGGUCCUGGGCCUGGGGUGGGGGGGUCGCUGCCGGACCUGAGUGAGCCCUGCGGGAGGUGCCGGGACCCGGUUAAUGACCGGCAGCAGCUCCCGCCAUCCCUGCACCAAAUCCUGCCCGUGGCGUCAGUGCCUGGGAUGUUGCCCGCUCGGGGCCGCGGUGCGGGCAGGGGUGCGGGCAGGGCAGGGGUUCGGUGCUCUGCUGCCUGCAGCCAUGCGGCGUGGGCGAGCGUGCUGGCUGAGCCGGAACGACGCCGGAACGACGGGUGCUGCCGGGGAAGGCGAGCGCACCGGGACUCGACGCAGGAGUCACCCCGAAACUCCUCUCGCCGCCUCUGCGGGUGGCUGAAGGCCCGGGCAGGGUGUCGGGAAGCAGGAGCUGGGGACCCCCCCCAUACACACACACUACCGGGAUAACGCUGCUGAUUCUGGGGGAAAACACCCGGUUCCCCCCCCCCCCCCCGCACCUGGGGCUGAGCCCCCGAAGCGGGG